AAGAAUACCGAUGAAAACUAUCUGCGCUGAAAGUCCCAUCUCUAUUCCGCGACUUUUUUUUAAUUGGACGGAUACGGAUACGCGAUAUUUUUCUCAGACCCACUCGAGUGUAGUGCUUUUCGCUAUUUUGUUACUUGGAAAUGUCCCACCACAGCGAUGACCAGCUCCUGCAGGCUGGAAGCGAGUCCUUCUGGGAGCCCGGAAACUACAAACGCGCCACAAAGCGAAUCGAAGAUGGCUACAAACUCUGCAAUGACCUACAGCAACUGGUGCAGGAGCGAGCCGACAUCGAGAAGGGAUACGCGAAAAGCUUGCGCGCCUGGUCGAAGAAAUGGGCUGAACUCAUUGAGAAAGGACCGGAGUACGGCACCACCGAGGCGGCCUGGAAGGGCGUUCUGACGGAGUCCGAACGCAUCUGCGAUGUUCACAUGAAGAUCAAGGACAACCUCUGCAACGAUGUCAACACCCAGAUCAAGACCUGGCAGAAGGAGAACUACCACCACACGCUGAUGCAGAUCAAGGAGCGCAAGGACCUGGAGGAUCUGUUCAAGAAGGCCCAGAAGCCUUGGGCCAAGCUCUUGGCCAAGGUGGAGAAGGCCAAGGCCGACUAUCACUCGGCCUGCAAGACGGAGCGCAGUGCUACCAACCAGGAGCGUAAUGCUAACGCCGACAGCUCGCUAUCACCGGAUCAGGUAAAGAAAAUGCACGACCGAGUGCAGAAAACCAAAGAUCAAGUGCAAAAGUGUCGAGAGAAGUACGAGCAGGCCAUUGCCGAAAUCACCAAAUACAAUUCUGUAUACAUCGAGGACAUGACAUCCGUGUUCGAUAAGUGCCAAACUUUUGAGAAGACGCGGAUGGAGUUCUUCAAAGAGAUCCUGUUCAAUGUGCACGCCUGUCUGGACCUGACCAAAGUGCAAAGCCUGCCCCAAAUCUACGAAGAAUUCUACCACACCAUCAACAAUGCGGACCAGCAGAAAGACCUCAAAUUUUGGUCAAAUAAAUAUGGUAUUAACAUGGCUAUGAACUGGCCGGCAUUUGUGGAAUACACGGAAGAGUUCCGUGACAUUGCCAAGGGCAACAAAUCAAAAGAGGCACUGCCGGCAGCACCCAUCACGCUCAUCAAUCAGCGACCUGUUGCCGAGGAUGUGCACCAGGAAUACCCCUCAACCAAUAGCCUGAAGAAGAACACCAGCACCGUGGGCAGUGCCAGCAGCAGAGCCAGCAUGAAGAGCGAAAUAUCGGCCACCCAGUCUUCAAGCACCACAUCCGAAGCCAAAGCGUCGGCGGUAGCAGCAACAACUGCGACGACGGCAGCGGCAGCGACGGUGGCGGCUUCGAAUCGCAAUCCGAGCGUAACCAAUGGCAACGGGAAAGUAGAUUCAAAUCCGUUCGAGGAGGAGGAGGAGUGGGAUGAGGCCGACAACGUGCUGGUGGACAACGGUGAGCCGGGUGUGCCGGUCAAAGCGCUCUACGAUUACGAGGGCGCUGAGAGUGAUGAGCUCACAUUCAAACAAGGUGAUGUUUUCGAGAAGCUUGAAGAUGAAGACGAACAAGGCUGGUGCAAGGGACGCAUGAAUGGGCGCGUCGGCUUGUAUCCGGCGAAUUAUGUAGAGAACAUCAACGCGUAAGGCGGUCGGUCGGCCGGCAGGAAGGCAGGCGGGCACUAUAGGCAGUCGUUAAGCAGAUAUAUAUGUAUACAAGCAUAUACGUAUAUAAAUUUACAUAUAUAUAGAUUAACAGCGAAGUUUGGAACGCAUCGCGGAUUGCGUUUAAAGUAAAAAAGUCGUUGAUGAAAUUAUUACCAUACAUAUGUAUUAGAAUUGUUAUGAGCAAUCGCCGAUCUAUUGCAUUACCCGAAUAGUGCGGCAUCCAAGGUAUUAUGCAUUGGAUCUUAUAAGCAAUGGAUAUAUACCGAUCAACCAACCAACCUACCAAUCAACUCACCAACAGUAGCAAUGCGGACCCUAUCGGACCGAUAUAGAAGCGUACAUGCAGAAUAUGUAACAGAAAACUUAGUUAAAAGUCGUAAGAACAGAACAUUAAGUGUAAACGUGAAAUGACAUUACAAAUUGAAUGUACUAAGUAAUUUAUGCUAUGUAUAACACUAAAACUAAAACCGAAAUUAUGUACUUUUUGUCAUGAUGCAACUGCAUUUUUACUUCCUCUAGAGGCUGGUAACUUUUUGGUUGCCAGUCGGGAGGAUGAAACGAAAUCUUUGGCAGAUUUGGAUAUUGUACAUGCAUAGCAUUUGUAAUGCGUUUCUUAAACAUUUAUAAUUUAUGAAGUUUUGUGUACAUGUACAUUUUUAAAUGACUUAAAUUAUUGAAAUAAAAACAAACAAAAAACCA